CAGUUCUGGUAUAAAAACCGAGACUAGAACUUUGCCGUCUUUACUAACACUCGGAUAUUGUGACAAAAAAUAUUCGAAAAAAAAAGAAAUUUACGAUUUUCAUAAUGAGCGUGUUAGUUUGGUUCAUUUCGCUUCUCGCUUGUGUUGUUGCUAGAACUUGGCCCGCUCUUCCGGUUACUCAAUCAAUACCAGAGGCUUCCCCAACAAUCCAACAACGGAUCGUAAACGGAUUGUCAGCAUCUGUUCACCAAUUUCCCUGGUUUGUUUCAAUACGAUCACAAGCUCGAAACGGAUUACAAUCGAUUUGUGGCGGAUCUUUAAUAUCUCCUGAAUGGGUUCUCACUGCGGCACAUUGCACUCAUAAUUACGUUUCAUACAACCUUGGCUUCGGAUCCAACAAUCUGAACGCUCCACUGCAAUCGUUGACUUCUACACACGCCGUCGAACAUUUACGAUACAACCCGGACACACUAAACUACGAUAUCUCUGUGAUUAAACUACCAGAGGCAAUUGAAUACACGGCACACAUUUAUGCGGUGCGCUUGCCAACACUUAAUCAAGCGCGUCAAGGUCAAUUUCACACGACAAAGGCUAGAGUUUGUGGAUAUGGCCGGACUGGUGAUGGCACCCAUCAAUUGUCAACCGAUUUGAAUUGGGUGGAUAAGCGAAUCAUAUCAAAUGAUCAGUGUACACGAUCUUAUGGAUCGGUGGUUGUUCUUCCGUCGACACUGUGCACCCUAGGAUGGGAGAGCAAUUCGCAGAGUACAUGCAACGGUGACUCUGGCGGCCCGCUUUUGAUCGACGAAGGUGGUUUGUGGACACAAAUCGGUAUCGUAUCGUUCGUUUCAAACCAAGGUUGCGCAUCUGGACAUCCAGCUGGAUAUGUUCGUACGACAUCAUUCCUUAAUUGGAUAUCGGUAAAUACUGGCAUUGCGAUACGUCCAUAGGUCAAAUUAAUCUAACUAUUGAAUCGAGUUCUUUGGUUUAAUUAAAUUAAUUGGCAGAAAAAUUCAAAAUCAAUAAAAAAGAAACAUUUACUCGUUCACAGAAAAAAAAA